CCGCCCGCCGGCGAGGCUGGCGCCGGGCCUGGCCCCCGGCUCCUCCACCAGCGCGCUCGGCCGCCUGGGGCAAGUGCUUCCCUGCCCUGGCCUCGCUCCCUCUCUGCGCUCCUUAGCGGGGCACCUCAGGUCUCCUCCAGCUGGGGCCUUCUGGGCUCAGAGGUGCCCCCGAUACGGGCCGCCCUGCGCUGAGACACCCCACCACACCCCGAGGGCACAUCGGCCCCCGAGAAGACGGGAGGCGGAUCCUGCUUCUGGUUCCGCCACCGCGCCCUGGCCCAGGCGUUAGGAGCUCCGUGAGCCCCCCAGCUCUGUUCUCUGGGCCUCAGUUUCCCCAUCUUCAAAACGAAGACACUGGAGUACAUGUGGGGGCAGGUGUUCGAAAAAGGAGGGGCGGGCGGGCUGGUCGAGGGUCGCGUCGGAAACCGCCAGCCCGACUUGAAACUUCUCAGCCCGGGAGACCCCCGCCGCUUGCUCCCAGGGCGGGGCUGCCACGUGACCCGAUUGCUAUGGCACCGGCGGUAACAAUCAGGCCCCGCCCCUCCUCGCCCCUGAUCUCCCCACCGCACCCACCCCGCCUCCCAAGCCCUGGGAAGGGCCUCCCCGCCUCUCCGGGGCCCCAGACACCCACGGAGACACUCCGGCUUCAGGGCGCUGUGUGAGUGAAGGCCGCACUAGGACACCCAAGAUAGAGAAGUGCCUGCACCCUGUACCUUUCAUCCAGACUAAUUUGGCUGCAGUGACUCUUGUUCAAGGGACGAUCACUUUGGAUAGCUUAUUACAGCUCCUCUCACGGCAUUCCUGGCGUGCAUGUCACAAGUACAGAGGAUCAAGAACCAAGUCAGUUGUGCUCUCAGGGGCUCUUAGGGCCACCAGCCAAGCCUCCUCCUCGCCCGCGAGUGAGCAGACAGGAUGAUGAACGAGGUGAAAGAAUCCCUCCGCAGCGUGGAGCAAAAGUACAAGCUCUUCCAGCAGCAGCAGUUCACCUUCAUCGCUGCCCUGGAGCACUGCAGGGAGAACGCCCACGACAAGAUCCGGCCCAUCUCCAGCAUCGGGCAGGUGCAGAGCUGCGUGGAGCACCACUGCCACAACUCCACGGACCGGCGCACCCUGCUCACGUUCCUGGACAUCUGCACGGAGCUCAGCAAGCUGUGCCAGCACUUCGAGGCCCUGCACACGGGCACCCCUGUCACCAACAACCUCCUUGAGAAAUGCAAGGCCCUCGUUAGCCAAAGCAACGACUUAAGCAGCCUGCGAGCCAAAUAUCCUCACGACGUUGUGAACCACCUCAGCUGCGACGAGGCCAGGAAUCACUACGGAGGCGUGGUCAGCCUCAUCCCCAUCGUCCUCGACUUGAUGAAAGAAUGGGUCGCCCACUCCGAGAAGCUGCCCCGCAAAGCGCUGCAGCACGUGAGUGAGCCCCAGGCAGCCACCAGGGCAGCCACUCGCGCUCCCCAGGCUGCAGGCACCCAGCCUUGGUUAAGAAAAGACAAGUGUGCGCAACCAACACAAGACAGCCUCAAACCUAAGGGGAAAGACGAAGCAUGUUCAAAACCACCCUGGAGACCACCUGGCGGGAAACUGUAACUCAGCCGGUGACCUGCUCGCUCCCAGUCCGGUCCCAUCCCUCCCGUCCCGUCCCACGGGGCACUUUGUUACUAAGCUUGGUUUCCACUAGCUGAUCCAUUUCCACUGGUGCCCACAGUCCUUGCCUCUUAUUAACCCCCAAGGGGACCACCCCACGUACGUGAGACCCUCUCUCCCUCUCAUGCUUUAACUUCUAACUUCUCCUCGCCUCCGAGCGUCAGGCUCUGUGCCAAUGAAGAGGACCCUCACUCACAGGGCUGCUGGUAGAGGGUGUCCCGGGGAGGCUGGGAAAGGGCUCGGGCACGACUGUCGCUCCCAGGCCCAGCUUUCCCGGCCGAGCCGUGCAGCUGGAGGGCACGCUCAGCUCCCUUCCAGCCACGACUGCGGCCGCAGCAGCAGCCACGGGCAAGGCGCCCCUCUCUGCAAGACGGGGCUGCUCCCACCUCCCAGGAGGCUGAGCACAGCAUGCUGAACGGCUCCGUGUGGUCAGGUCUCUGGACCAAAGCACAGAGGGGAACGAACCCUCCUGGCCGCUCCUUUACUUGGGAGGGAGGCUUUGAGAGAAGUCGGAAGAACUGAUUUUGAGGCUCCUGUACAAGGACAGUUACCUGGUUUUCACAACAUAACAGACCCAGACACUGUAACGUGUCACUGGCUCCCAAGCUUGCCAGAAGUACUGACUGUUGGUUUUUCCCUUCACAGGGGGCGACUUAGCUUCUGUUUUCUUGCUUCCUCGGGGGCGAGAGCCAAGAAUAAAAAGUGUU